AUGUUCAAAGCCAGCGCCAAAGCCACCUGCAAGUUCAUAUCGAAGUCUUUGUUGGGAAAAGGUGCACCUCCGUUAGUGCGAUUCCAUAUUCAAGAUAGGCCUCCAAUUUGGUUGGAUGAAUGUUUCGAACGUCGCGUUGGGAAAUGUGAUGCAAACGCGGUAAGCACUGCAGGAGCGGCAGGAUACCGAGUGGCCCUGGCUCGAUGUGACUACAGAAGAUCUCGCAGCUCUUCUGAAGGAACAACUCCCCUGAUUGGAUCGGCUCCGGAAGAAGCGCCGUCAAGAUUGCAGUUGGUUUCCACGUUGGGAUACCUUCAAACGCAAUGCGCGUUGAGCCGAAGUAAAAAUUGCUCCAGUGAGCAUGUUCACAAUAUUAUGGCGCAAUGUGAGGAACGUAUGAAACCCCGUGCCGGCUACCCUCAAUUCGAUCGGCACAGAUUACUUCGAAUCAAAUUGGAUACAUCGAAAAAACUGCUGCUUUACUCGGAAACGGAUAGAGAAAGGGAGUGCCUAGUAGUUCGAUCUACGCUUUCUGAAAUGUACACACUACAUCACGCACAUUGUUAUCACUCACUAGUAACGCGCUGCCUAUGUGAACGUCUACGACUUGACGCUCUAUGCCAAAUCCAAUGUGAUCGACUAGAACCAACAUCUCCAAACCAAGACCAAUUAGCUUGGGAUGAAUGGCGGGAUGCACGUCUUAUUUCCUCACUAACAACAGUGCACCAUAUCAUUCCGCUUUUUGUGCUUGCCUUUCUCUUUGAACUGUUUCGGUGA